GUUUCUUUCUCUCUCUCGAAAGUCAUCUCCUCUCCUUCUUCUCCGAUUUAUGCACCGAGAUCCUCCAAGCUCACGGCUGGGGCUCAAGCUCAAGGAUUUUGUGACUGGGUUUCACAAGAGGAAGAAGAAGAGAAGAAAGGAAGCUCAGAAGCAGCAGGAGGAAUCGUUGAGGCGAAAGCGUAUCGAGGCUCGUAAGAAGAGGAAAUUGGAAGAGAUGAUGGUCGCUGGGAAUGCUGAGGAAACUGAAGAUGUAGAAGCUGAGGUGGAAGAUGCAGAGAAUAAAGAGGCAGAGCUUGAUGCUUUUUUAUAG